UCACCUUCGCUGCUCGCGGCACGUUUCUAUUCCGGUUCUCACCGGAAUAGAAAAUGCCGAAACGAAGCGAAGAAAAGAUAGGUUUCACAACAUUUGGGAACAUUCUUGAAAAAUCGAAACUCUAAAUUUGGUCUACCCGCACCGCUGUGGAAGACCGCGCGGUGCGUCCCGCGUCCCAGCUCGACGGGCGGUGGCUUACCUCUCCGGACGUGAGAACAGAGCAAGGGAAGUGUUGACUUUGAGGUCUAUGUGGAGCGCUCACGGGGAGGUGUCAAUAAAAUGGCGCGCGUCCAUGGAAUGGCGCACGCGUUCUGGGAGAGUGUAAACUGGGAGAUAGGAGAUCGUCCGGAGUGGAAGCUGAUUUUCAAACAAGGGUGGGAGAGGAAUUUGAGAAUUGGAGGGUACUAUGCUGGCCAUCCGAAAUUGAGCGAUUUGAAAGAAGCCUUGAACAAGCAGAACGUUGACACCAUGAGUCCUGGAUACGGAGGCGGUGCUGAUGGGGAAGAAUCGUCAUCUUGGAAAGGCCCCAGAGGAAUCGAGCAUCAUAAGCGUCGAGGUGCCGACGAAGGUGACGAAACGCCGGAACCGAAGCGCAGAAAGAUCAUCGUAGCUGCGAUGCACCAAAAUAAUGUUGAUGAGGACGAGAGGACUGAAAUGGUUUAUAAACAGAGAGCCGAGAAAGCUUUACGCUGCGGGUCUCCGAUUCAGUCGAAGCUCGCGUCUCACCUCAAUCACGACCACAAUUCUCGCGCCCUACCCGGUAGAAGAGACAGGCCAUUGGCGGCUCUGCCCUCUCCUCGUGAGGUGUUUCGCGAGAAGGAAGUAGAUUUUCCGAGAAGGUCUGACGCCUCCGGAAGGACAAGCAAAGUCUUGAGUGAGAGAACCAUGACUGACGAUGCCGCUGAUUCUUUUGUACUGAAAUGUGGCGACCGCCUGGUUUCUGUCACCCAUCUACCAAUCUGCAUCGGGCGGACGGUGAGCGGGGGCUUUGGCGAUCAAGACAUAGUUUUGUCCGGUAAAUUUUACGGGGGACGAACGAAGUCGUACCCGGUGGACAUGUGGAAGAUGGUGCUCCGUCCGGGAUCCGAGCCGCGUCUUCUGGUGAAAACCACAGAAGGUUUCUGGUUACGACUGCUGCAGCCGCAGCCAUACUACCUGAAGACUUUUGGCGAUGGCUACAUCCUUGCCCAAUUUUUGCAUUUCGUGAAGGAAAGGCCAUCCGCAACAGCGAUUGAAUUAGAAAAGUACCUGGCAAAAGCUUGCAGCAUGUACGGACAAGAGCCUUUUCUGGAGAAACUGACCCAGCAUCUUCGAAUCAUUCGAAGUUACGUAGAAGAGGAUGGAGACUUGAAGAGUGCGAGUGUUUUGAGGACAGUGUUUCCGAACAUUUUUACUAAGAAUCCCUCAGAGCUUCGAGGAGAUCUUUCACAACAUAGUCGCCAAGUCUUGAGGUCUGUGCUGGGUUUGAACGGAGAGCGAUCUUUGCAAAAUGAAAGAAAGGCGGAUAACAUCAGACAAGAUAUGAUGUGGGGGAAUGGUUUAACGCGGGGUGAAAGCUCAGCCGAGCGAUACGUACCAGGAAAAGCUUUUGUUGACGAAGGAAUCAACCCCAAGAGGAGCGGAGGAAACUUGAGGUUUGAACUGGCAGCAAGUGAAGACAAGAAGUUAAAGCGCCAUGCGCCAAAGCUUGAACGAGAACGACACGACAGCGGAAAGAAUGAUAGAAAAAAGACAAGCUGGCUGGUCGGAGGUAGUCGCUUGCAUUCUGAGGAAUCAAAUGGUGCUCGAGCAAAAGAUGAUCGGAAGAUCUCACAAAGGUCACAGACCGAGAUGAAGAAACUCGAUGAUCCGCCUAUUUGUAUCAUGUGCGAUGACGGUGGCGACUUACUCAUUUGUGAUGGUCCUUGCAACCGUUACUUCCAUGGGUUCCCAGGAACGGGAUCUGAAUCCUUCUGCCACACACUCGCCCUGUCACGGAAGGAGACAAAGGGCGAACGAUGGUAUUGCAAGAAUUGUGAACUCAAACAACAUCAGUGUUUCGUUUGCAACAAGUUGGGCUCCACAGACGCAGCCCUUGGUCGACCACAGAUCUAUAUGUGUGAAGUACCAUCUUGUAAACGUUUUUAUCAUGCGCACUGUGUCGCUGAGUUGGUGGACUUUCCGAAUUGGAGAGCUAAGGCAGAGGCAAUCAAGAAUGGUACAGAGCCCCUCAUAUGUCCACGCCACCGGUGUGAUACUUGUAGAUACAGCGAGAGUACUCCUGGAAUACUUGUCCAGUGCAGACGUUGCCCCAAAGCUUGGCACAGAGAGUGUUUCGUCAACUAUAGCCUGUCCGGCGAGCAUCAAGGAAAUACAAUCUGGAAGCACGAUGAGCAUGAAUUUGUCUAUUGCAGGCAACAUAAAAUCAAUCCAACGAUAAUGACUCCUAACAGGGACCACAUACGCUUCCCAGAGGUUGUGGACAAUACGAGGAUCAAGAAAAUCAAAUUCAAGGCUUCAGGAAUGUCAUCCACCAUAGAGCGUCAAUAUUGUGAAACUCUGCCUCCUAACUCCUUAGCUGCAGAGUUAGGGCUCUUUGAUCAGUGAUGACAGCUGUACAGUUCGGUGUGCGCACUCUUCUGUGGUUUAAACCCCCUGGAAGCAUUUAGGCCUUAUUUGUAGAUAGAUAAGAGGAAGGUUUUAAUUUGGGGAAAAAAUGGAAACAUCGGAGGAGAAUUCGUCGACUAGUUUUAUUGGCCUCGUCACGGGAACAUUGUACAUUGUAUCAAUUUAUAUGUUACACAUUUUUUU